AUGGCUAAGGAAAAUCACUCGUUGACAACUGAGUUUAUCCUCAUAGGAUUUACAGAUUAUCCAGAGCUGAAGAUCCUUCUGUUUCUGGUGUUCUUUGCCAUCUAUCUGAUCACGAUGAUGGGUAAUCUUGGCCUGGUGGCACUGAUAUUUGUGGAACAUCAUCUGCACACACCAAUGUACAUCUUUUUGGGCAACUUGGCUCUGAUGGAUUCCUGUUGUUCUUGUGCCAUUACUCCCAAGAUGUUAGGAAACUUCUUUUCUGAGGACAGAAUAAUUUCCCUCAAUGAAUGUGUGGUACAAAUUUAUUUUCUCUGCCUUGCUGAAACUGCAGACUGCUUUCUCCUGGCAGCAAUGGCUUAUGAUCGCUAUGUGGCCAUAUGUAGCCCACUGCAGUACCACACCAUGAUGUCUAAGAAACUCUGCAUUCAGAUGACUAUAGCGACCUUCAUAGCUAGUAACCUGCAUUCCAUGAUCCAUGCAGGGCUUCUAUUAAAGUUAACUUUCUGUAGAUCUAAUAAAAUUGAUCACUUUUUUUGUGAUAUCCUUCCACUCUAUAGGCUCUCCUGUACUGACCCUUAUAUCAAUGAACUAAUGAUAUACAUUUUUUCAAUGCCAAUUCAAAUCUUCACCAUUGCCACUGUCUUGACUUCUUAUAUUUGCAUCCUUUUUACUGUUUUAAAAAUGAAAUCCAAAGAAGGGAGAGGUAAAGCAUUUUCUACCUGUUCAUCUCACUUUCUGUCUGUCUCAAUAUUUUAUAUUUGUCUUCUCAUGUAUAUUCGACCAUAUGAAGAAGAGGAUAAAGAUAUACCAGUGGCUAUUUUUUAUACAAUAGUAAUUCCUUUAUUAAACCCUUUUAUUUAUAGCCUGAGAAAUAAGGAGGUAAUAAAAGUUCUGAAAAAAAUUACACAGAAUCAUAUUCUUAAAUGA